AUGAAGAUGGAAAAUGUGAACACAGGCCUUUGUAUUCCAAACCUUCGGCUGGAAGAACUAAGCCCUGUCUCUUAUAGGACAGAUAAGGAAGCGAAGACCCAGAAUGGGCAAAGGCAAAGCCUAGAGUUGCAGCCUAGACUCCGGCCUCUCCUCCCCUGGCUCUCUGCCCCUCUCUUCCACAGUGAUGUUCGCUUUGUGGUCGGUCAAGAACGGCAGGAGGUGUUUGCCCACCGGUGCUUGCUGGCCUGUAGAUGCAACUUUUUCCAGCGACUUCUGGGCCCAGAGCCAGGCCCUGGGGUGCCUAGCCCGGUGGUGCUGAGCACCAUACCAGCGGAGGCCUUCCUGGCAGUGCUGGAGUUCUUGUACACCAACAGUGUCAAGCUGCACCGCCAUUCUGUGCUGGAGGUGCUGACAGCCGCGGUGGAGUAUGGGCUGGAGGAACUGAGAGAGCUAUGCCUGGGGUUUGUGGUGAAGGUGCUGGACGUGGAGCUGGUUUGUGAGGCCCUGCAGGUGGCUGUAACCUUUGGCCUGGGACCUUUGCAGGAGCGUUGCAUAGCCUUCAUAGAAGCCCACAGCCAGGAAGCACUUCGGACCCGUGGCUUCCUGGAGCUGUCAGCGCCCGCGUUGCUGCUCCUGCUGCGCAGUGACAAGCUCUGCGUGGAUGAGGCUGAUCUGGUCCUGGCGGCUCGGAGCUGGGCGCGCGUGGGAGCGGCGGUGCUGGAGAGGCCUGUGGCCGAGGUGGCAGCCCCAGUGGUGCGGGAGCUGAGAUUGGCCCUGCUGGCCCGGCGGAGCUGAGUGCCCUGGGAAGAGCAAAACCGGAGGGAGCCGCUUCUUUCCGUGACCGGCCUUCCCCUGAAGGGGGAGCAGAUCGUGGAGGCGUGGAAAUGCCACGCUCUGCGAAGAGGAGACACGGCCCGAGGAGCCUCGUGCCACCGCCAGGGGACCCUGCCCCGGGAGCAUCACCGCUUUCUGGACCUGCCCUUAAAGUGACCGAAGCCCAGGUCUCGCGAGGAAUGCUGGGCCUCUCCUAAACUACAUCUCCCGACAUGCUCGGCCCUCUGAGCGGGUUUCCGCUCCCACCAUGCUCUGCGAGCGGCGCGCGGGAAGCCCCGGGGCGGGCCGGGCGCAGAGCUCUGUGGGUGGGGCCGAGGAGGGGCGGGAAGGGCGCGGGCGUGCGCUGGGCCCAAGUUCUUUUUCCUGGCGCCAUCCCCUAACUCUACCCGGAGUGCCCGCCCCAUUUACUCUGGCACUUCCCGGCUCAGCGCCUUCUUUCAUUCCAGACCUGCCUCCUGGAGGCCGCUUUGUAAAUGCCCCAGGGACACCUCAGACUGUUCAGAACUGAGCCUCCUCGUCUUUUCCCGGUUCCGAGCCCAUGUGUCCCAUCUCCGUGAGCGCCGAGCCCGAACCCGGGCCCCUGGCCUCCCUCCGCCCCUCGCGCCUGCUUCCGCCGCCUUCACAGGGACCAGGCCGCGGGAUGUGCCGGGCCCAAGUGUGCCUUCGGACAUAAGGGUUAUUUUAAGCUGCCCUUUCGUAAGGGAAGUUUAUAUUUAUAAAGGAAUCUCCAUGUAUAAGGGCGCCUCCUCUGUACCAGGAGAAGGAUGACUCAUCACGAGAAGCUCGUCGGUGGGAAAGGCGCCCCUGGGAGCCGCAGCCCUCACCUCCCGCCCCGCUUUUCUCCCCUUCGGCGGGAGGUGGGGUUUCAGUGGGUGUUUUAGGCCGUGCAGGGACUUCCUCAUUCUCCCUGGGCCUCUCCAUGUGCGCACCGAGUGUUCACGUUAAUAAACCUGUUUGUUUUUCUCCUGUUAA